AUGGAAACAUCAAAAUACUCACAGGAGAGUACAAAGGAGCCAAAGUCUCAAAACUGGAGGAGGGGGUUCAGUUUUUCAUCGUUACGUCUCAAAAAAAGUAACAACAGUUUUGAAGAAGGUGGAGUCUCACGACAAAGAGGAGCAUGGUCCUUUUCAUCAUCUAGAGAGUUCUCAAAACGAGAAUCAUUUCAUGAUGGAGGUGCUGCCUCACAGUUACACAGCACUCAAUUCCAAAUCAAUAAUUCAGGUGAACAGCCCAAGAAUAGCUUGAUCUCAGAUGUUGCUGGUAAUGUUCCAGGAGAUGGCAGUGGACGACCAAAAGCACUCAAGAGGCUUAGUGCUAUGUGGUCUUCAUUUCGCAAAGGCAAACGAGAUAGAGUAAAAAUCCAAGAUCCUCCAGAACCACUGUGCCUGACAGGGGACGACAAAAAAACGAGGCAACAUCGUUUUGCCAGUGGCCAGUACUUUUUUGAGUAUUUGGUGGUGGUAAGCCUCAAGAAAAGCAAGGAUGGCAACAACUACGAACCUCAGAUCACCUACCAGUUCCCCAAGAGAGAUGGGAUGGCCAAAUUUCAAAAGGAAGAGGAGGAGCGCACGCUGAAAGCAAUCACACUUUUCUGCUUCCCAGAGGGUAUCAAAUGGGCCCCUUUGACUGAAUAUCAUAGUGAAACCUUUUCCUUUGUGUUAACGGAGAUUGACGGCAGCCGGAGAAAUGGUUACUGCAGGCGACUACUGCCUAGUGGGAAGGGGGCUCGUCCCCCUGAGGCAUACUGUAUCAUCAGCAGCUUGGCUUGUUUUGGCCUGUUUUCUAAGAUUUUUGAUGAGGUUGAGAAGAGGCGGCAGAUCUCCAUGGCUAUGAUUUACCCAUUCAUGCAGAAAUUGCGGGAGGCUCCAUUCCCAGCUCCAGGAAACACUGUGGAGAUUAAAAGCUUCAUUCCUGAGUCGGGAACUGAGAUAAUCAGACUGACGCGGCCGCUGGAUUCCUGGCUGGAGCACGUCAACUUUGACAUGCUGUUCAGUUGCCUUACAGAUGAGGAAGUGCUACUGGUGUUUGCAGCUGCUGUCCUUGAGAGACGGAUCAUUUUCAUUGCUGAUGAAUUGGGCACAUUAUCCCAGGUCAUUCACGCAGUAGCAGCUCUUCUAUAUCCAUUUACAUGGCAGCACACCUUCAUCUCCAUAGUUCCAGAGAUCCUAAUCGAUGUUGUGAUGGCACCAACUCCAUACCUGCUUGGAGUACAGAAACGUCUGCUUGACCUCGUCACUGACCAAAACGAUCUGCUGAUAGUGGAUUUAUCAGAGAAGAAAAAUGAAACUUUCAUUGUUUCUAUUGGCGAUGAGAGCUCUAUUCUUCCCCCAAAACUGCAAAGUGAAAUCCGAGAGGCGCUCAGUGAGAGAAAGAAUGUAUCAGCAACAGAAGAUGUGAAUCGUGUGGUGUCGGAGGCCUUCCUGCUGUUCUUUGUGAAAACAGUUGGUCAUUAUAUGUCCUAUGUGAAAUGCAGUCAGGCUGGAGACCAGAGAGUGUUUGAAAAAAGGAACUUCUACAAGGCCAUCGAGUCAAAGACCACGCGUCACUUUGUCAAGAAGUUUAUCCAGACUCAGAUGUUUGAUCUGUUCAUUCAGGAAGUGGAACAACAACAGACUGGACCACAACAGGGAAUAUUUCACAAAAAAAUUGUGGAAUACGAGGAAAGGAAGAAAAAGGAAAAGACCAAGAAACACUAG